UUAAUGAAAGAUUAAAGAAAAAAUGAAGCAUAAAAUAUUAAGCAAAGUUAUUGUUGGGAUUUUGUUGUUUACUCUCGCAUGUAAAGUUUACACACAACAGGAGGAAAAAAAUUCACUUGGUGCCAUCUCAAUGAUGAAACAAACUAAUUUUACAAACACACCGCUGCAGCAAACACUUUCCCGCCCAGAAUAUAGAACUAAGGAGACAACGGUGAUAAAUGACGAGUUUUACGAUGUACCUGAAGACUGCUAUUAUAUGCUUAGGCCAAACACACCAAAUAAAGAAAUUGUAUUAACUUGUUAUUUACGAACAAUUAACAGCGAACUUGAUACAACCAACUUUAGUGUAGUACCUUCAGAUAAGACAGUGACUCUUAUCAUACAAUGUAAUGAUGACAUCAUGAUGAAAAGUGCGCUGGAACCAUAUUGUUUUUCGCAUUUAACCGAUUUGACAGAAUUGUCUAUUAAAUAUUGUAAAUUAUCAAAACUGAAUCGCACUUUUCUUGAUGGCUUAAGUAAUCUUCGAAAUUUAAUAAUACGUACACAUAAUUCCUUAUGGCCUAGCAUUAGCUUUGAAAUUGAUUCAGAAACGUUUUCAGCAACAAAAAAUUUGGAAAGACUUGAUUUAUCCUCAAAUAAUAUUUGGUCUUUACCCGUAAACGCAUUUUGUUCAUUAAACCGAUUAACAUUUCUAAAUAUAAGUAAAAAUCGCUUGCAAGAUGUUAACGAACUUGGCUUUCGAGACAGAAAUAACGACCAAUUGAGUACAGAUUCUAUUAAGUUGGAAGAACAUAAACAAGUUAAACAUGGAUGUUAUUUAGAAUUAGAAGUGCUUGAUGUUUCUUUCAAUAAUUUUGUACUUCUGCCUGCAUAUGCGUUCGGUAUUAUGCGAAGAAUUAGUGUUUUAUUGUUAAACAACAAUGAAAUAUCAAUGGUCGCCGAUAAAGCCCUAAGUGGUUUAAAAAACUUGAAAAUUCUUAACUUGGCUUCGAAUAAUAUAGUGGCACUACCAACCGAAUCUUUUUCCGAACAGUCUUCAUCAAUUCAAGAGAUUUAUUUACAAAAUAAUUCGAUUAGUGUGCUUUCACCAAAACUAUUAAACAAUCUACAGCAACUUCAAGCACUGGAUUUAUCCCACAAUCAACUAUCAUCUGCAUGGAUAGAUCAAAAUUCCUUCGCGGGUUUAAUUAGACUAGUUUUACUCAAUUUAUCUCACAAUUUUAUUUCACAGUUACAACCUGCAAUUUUUAAAGACUUGUACACUUUACAAAUACUUAACUUGUGUUAUAAUCAAAUAGAAAAUUUUAUUAUAAACACAUUUGUACCAAUGAACAAUUUACAUACGUUGCUUUUAUCGUACAACAGACUAAAAUAUUUGGACGCUUAUGCAUUAAAUGGACUUCAUGUUUUGUCAUUGCUUUCUUUGGAUAAUAAUAAAUUAAUCGGACUUCAUAUAGACGCUUUUCGAAACUGUAGUAGUUCUUUGCAAGAUCUUAACCUCAGUGGAAAUCAAUUAAAAUUGAUACCCGCGGCAUUAAAGAACAUGAGCCUUCUGCGGACAUUAGAUUUGGGAGAAAAUUUUAUAUCAAACUUAAAUGACAAGGAUUUUCAAGGAUUACAAAAUCUUUAUGGCUUAAGACUAAUUGGAAAUUUAAUACAGAACAUAACUCUUAAUACUUUUGAUGGACUUUCGCGUUUGCAAAUACUUAAUUUGGCCCGAAAUAGAUUAUCCUACAUUGAGCCAGGUGUAUUUAAAUCAACUCAAAGUAUUCAAGCAAUUCGAUUAGAUGGGAACUAUAUUUGUGACAUCAAAAGCUUGUUCAAUAACAUAAAAAGCUUACUGUGGUUAAAUAUUUCAGAAAAUUGUUUAGAUUAUUUCGAUUAUUCGUAUAUCCCAACUACAUUGCUUUGGCUCGAGUUACGAAAGAAUCGCCUUAAUGAAUUAAGCAAUCGCUUUGGACUAGAAAAGGUAAUUCAGCUGCAAACAUUCGAUGCAAGUUUUAACCAAAUUAAGCAUAUAUCACCUUCAUCAAUUCCUAGUUCAAUUGAGCUGCUAUUUUUAAAUGAUAACUUAAUACACACAGUCGAUCCAAAUUCUUUUAUCAAUAAGUCAAACUUAACUCGAGUUGAUUUGUAUGCAAAUCAAAUAACUACAUUAGACAUUAAAUCACUGCGAAUUGUUUUACAAGAUGACAAAAGAGAACUUCCGGAAUUUUAUAUUGGUGGAAAUCCUUAUACUUGUGAUUGUAAUAUUGAUUGGCUUCAGAAGAUAAAUAAUAUUAAAUCACGUCAAUACCCUCGAAUAAUGGAUCUUCAAUCUAUUUACUGUAAAUUAUUAAACAGCAGGGAACGAGGUUUUAUUCCAUUAAUUAAAGCAGAACCCAAACACUUUUUAUGUGCUUACAAAGCACAUUGCUUUACCGUAUGUCAUUGUUGUGAAUUUGAUGCUUGUGACUGUGAAAUGACAUGCCCUUCCAAUUGUACUUGUUUUCAUGAUCAAACUUGGAACACAAAUAUUGUUGAAUGUUCCAGUGCUGGUUAUUUAAAUAUACCUACAAAAGUGCCAAUGGAUACAACUGAGUUAUAUGUUGAUGGGAACAGCCUUUACGAACUACAGAGUCACACCUUUCUUGGACGAAAAAAUUUGGCGGUAUUAUUUUUAAAUCAUUCAAGCGUUCAGAUUAUAUAUAACACUACUUUUAGUGGUUUAAAACGUUUAAUGAUAUUACAUUUAGAAAAUAAUUUAAUAACAUCAUUGCAUAAUGAGUUUAAUAAUUUGGAAAAUCUACGCGAACUGUAUUUACAAAACAAUGAAAUAUCUUCAAUAGACCUCGGUUGUUUCAGAACAUUGCAUAAACUAGAGGUUAUACGACUAGAUAGUAAUCGAUUAAUUAAUUUUGAAAUAUGGCAGUUGUCCUUGAAUCCUAACUUGAUAAAAAUAAAUAUAGCUAAAAAUUAUUGGUCGUGCCAGUGUCAUUUUGUAAUGAACUUACGCUUGUAUUUAACAGAAAAUAUUAAAAAAAUUGUUGAUGGUUCCUUAGUAUCUUGUGUUAACAAUAAUGAAACAAGUGACUUUCACGAAAAAAACAGCACGAGGUGUACAUUGCGGGAAGGAGUGACCACUGUCAUGCGUGAUAAUGAAAUUAAAAGCUAUAUACCAUCGUUAUUUAUUUUAGUUACUACAUUUGUGAUACUUUCAGGAUUUCUCACGUUUUGUUUUUAUCGCCAUCAGUUAAAAAUGUGGUAUUUAUCAAAAUCUUUCGUGAGUAUUUGUGAUGUAAUUAAAAGUAAUAACAAUAGAAAUACAAAUAAAAAUCAACCCAACGAUGCUUAUUUUGCAUAUAGCUUUCACGACAAACAUUUCGUUAAUCAAAUCAUCGCUAAAUCCCUUGAAAAUGAAUUCUGUUGUCGCUUGUGUUUACAUUAUCGCGAUUUAAAUGUUAAUUCCUAUGUAAGUGACAUUAUAAUUGAAGCAGUGAGCAAUGCUAAGCGAUGUGUCCUGAUAUUGUCUAAAAAUUUUUUAUAUAAUGAAUGGAGACGUUUGGAAUUCAAAAGCGCUCUUCAUGAAAUAGUCAAAAACAAAAUUCGUUUAUUAUUUAUACUCUACGGAGACUUGCCACAGCGGGAUAUUGACGAUGAAAUGCGAUAUUAUCUUCGUAUUAGUACAUGUAUUGAAUGGGAUGAUAAAAAAUUUUGGCAGAAAUUAAGAUUAGCGUUACCACUUAGCCGAGUCAAAUGUUCUACAAAGUCCAUAACUCCACAGAAGUCAAAUAUUUACCGUUCAACAAACGACUAUAAUGCUAUUAAUUCUGAUGAAAGUCGGGCGUACAAUUAUUGUAAUAAUUAUGCAACGAUACAUAAUUGCUCCAGCAACUACUCUAAAAAAAAAUGUAUCCAAUUAAACCACCGAGAUGAAAAAAGUAUUGACAUUCCGAAAACCUUAAUUUUUCAAAAGAUUAAUCACGAAUAUGAUUUACCUACAUAUUUAGGAAGUAACUAUCAAAUUAAUGCUACCCAAAUAAAAUAUCAAAGCAAUACUCCAGCGUACUAUAGUAUUGAUUACGAAAACUAUGACAUCAAUAACAUUUUCAGAAAUUAUGAACAAAAUAAAUGUUCAUGCAAAAAACUCGACUAUGAACAUAAUACUGUUCAUUUAAAUAAAGCGAAAAGUAACUCAAACAGCAGUAUUGAAUGCAACUGUAGUACCACCAAGGGCACUGCAGAAAAUAAUGUAUCAGACGUUGACAGUAAAAAUGCCACUAUAAGUUCCAUACAUAAACUUUCCAACAACGAAUCAAAUUUAUCACUAACUAGUUCUAACACUUUUCCAGCUAAAAUCUGCGAAAUCAAUACCAGUCAGAGGUCGUAACAUAGGCGACUUCUCAGGCCUAUAAGUAGUUAUGAAUGUUUUAAUAAAUUUACAAAUACAUUUUAUCUAAAAUUUAGUAUUUAUAGAUUAUUA